AUGGACAGCAUACAUCUAACGAGGAGCCAAGUCAAGGCUCGAAUUGAGCUCGAAGAAGAUCCUCAUAGAGCAGCUUUAGAGGAUAAUCCAGACCAUGUUCGCGUGUCCGCCUCCACCUGGGCUUCUGUCUUCUUCCUGGCCUUGUCAUUUGGCCCACCGCUUGGCCUCGGCUUCCUCGCGGUAGCUUCAGUUCUGCAGACCAUUGUCACAGACCUGGGCGGCAGCCCUGAUAACUUUACUUGGAUCGUGGGCUCAUGGUCUUUGGCGUCCGCUGUUUCAUUCUCUCUUGCUGGCCCUCUGAGCGAUGUCUUUGGACGCCGAAUACCGAUGCUGGCUGGUGAGGUUAUGAACAUUUUGGGCUGCAUUGUCACCGGCACCGCACAAAAUAUACCCGCCAUAUACGCCGGCCAGACUCUGAUCGGACUUGGGACUGGAGUGAUCUUUGUUGCGUACGCUGGUGUGCCGGAAAUGCUCCCCAACAAGUGGCGGUCGGUGGGCCUAGGCUUGUUAGAGGCUGGCAUCGCUAUCCCAUGGGCCAUGACUUCCACAAUUCUGGCGGUGGCUCUCACCGAGCGCGCCUCCUGGCGCUGGAUCCUCUAUAUUGCCGUCAUCGUGGAAACCGUCGCCCUCGCGGGGACCUUCUGGUUCUACAGACCGAGUUCUCGACCUCGGGGCGAUUUCGAAAAGUCGCGGUGGCAGGAAUUCCUCGAGAUUGAUUUCAUCGGUCUGAUCGGCUUUGCUGGCGGACUGACGACUUUCUUGAUCGGUCUUACCUGGGCUGGAACCAGCGGCCACCCAUGGAACAGUGCCGGUGUCAUCGCUCCCAUCGUGAUCGGGCUUCUUGUCACGUUCGGAACGUUUGCGUUCGACUCGAGCUUCAGCAAGAGCCCCAUGUUCCCACGAGCUCUCUUUGCCAAGUUCCGAGAGUUUAGCGCUCUUCUGGUCAUGGUAUUCAUUGCAGGAGUGGAGUUCUAUCCCAUGGCCUCGCUGCUCCCUCGCGGUUCGCAAUACAUGUUCACGAGCAACGAAAUGGAAAUUGGAGUCAUCUCCUUGCCCAACACCCUCCUCCAGGGCGUCUUUGGCGUCCUGGUGCCUCUUGUAUCACACAGGGUGGGCUAUGUCAAAUGGCAGCUCGUCUUCGCCCUUGCCUGCCAGGCCAUCUUUCUUGCCCUCAGUGCUCUUUCGGUCGAUCCAAACCACAAGCUGGCCUACAUGUUUCUCCCUGGCAUUGGAGUUCCGCUUUUCAUCUGGAUCACCAUCCUGUCCUACGCCACUGCCAGUCUACACGUCCCCCACUCGACUCUGGGAGUUGCCAUGGGUCUCGUCGGGACUUUCAGGGCAACUGGCGGGGCUGUGGGCAACGCAAUCUUCAACGUCAUCUUCAACAGUCGGUUUGCAAAGUAUGGACCUGCCGCCAUUGCGCAGGUUGCGACCAAGAACGGGUUGAACUUGGAGCAGCUGCCUGAGCUCUUCACUGCCACGGUCGACGCGAACCUGGGGAUCCCCCACGCUUUCGACGGUCUCUCGGGCAUCACUCCGGCGGUCGAGCAGGCCCUACUCGCCGCGAUCAAGGUUGCUUAUGGACACGCAUACAAGGUCAUGUUCCUGUGCACCCUUGCAGUCACCAUCCCCGGUCUUCUCUGCAGUCUCUGUGUUGCAGAUCCCACUAUGUACAUGACCAACCACACCCAGUUUGCAUUGGAAUACACCGGGGAGAAUGGCCAAGAGAAGGAUGCCGAGAAGGUUAGUGGCUCUAUCCACGUCGAGGUCACCGCUGAGGACGGCCGUCUCAGUCAGGAUAGUCAUUCGCACGGCAUUAGUCGCAUGAAGUAG